UGACCAAACAAUGGACUACGAGGUAAUGAAAGCUCUUCCUCAACAAAGACAACCUCUAACUGUAUUUAUCUUUGGACUGCUAACGCAACUUGUGAAUGGCGAGGUGGUAAAAGGUGCCUGUUUGUGUCCUUGGGGGGGAGUUGAAGGAGAGAAACCUACUACAGACAGGCCAAAACUUUGAUCCCAUUGAUGUGUUUCAGGAGGCUGUGGAGCUGAAACCCAAACCCAGUGACAUGUCCGACUUGGUGAACUAUUCUAAGCAUCAGUUGCUGACGCCGAGAUGAGGGGUGGGGGUUCUGGGGGCACAUAUGCGCCUCCGUAAGAACUGACGGCUGCUACAAGCACCAUCUGACAUGCGCUCCCUCAGUGUUGGGGAGUAAAAGCUGUUUAUAUCCCCCAAUAUCAGAGUCCACAGCUCCACAUGUGAGAGUCUUGUCAGAUCCAUUUGCGGACGAGCGUUUUUUAAAUGCUGCACGGGGUUGUGAUGUAAAAACUUGGCAGUCCAGCGUGAGAAAGUGUGGUUUAGUGUGAAGGCAGAUCGCUAGGAGCUGUAGUGACCUUGGGACAGCUUGCUGAGGGCAGGACAGAAUUCCUGAAGGGACACAUGGUCUAGAGUGACAAGGCCAUCUGCUGUAGCGCCAGCAGUAGGAGGAAGGUGGAGGGGGUGCUGAGAUUCCUUUCGCUGGGGUGUGGAGGGAGCAGAUAUUCUGGGAUAUCACUGCUCGCACUCCACCAGGAAACGUGUUUCUUUGGCGUUUUUCAAAUGGAAAUCUAAGAGAGAAUUUUUUUGAACACUUGAUGGUGAGUAGAGAACAUUGCAGGGUUAAAUGGGGAAGAUAUUUUUCUGGCCCUCCUCCUCCCCACGAAGCGACUGGUGAUAAUGAUCUUGGUGUGUCGCCGUUUUACUUUAGUGGAUCCAGUUUCCCUUCCAUCUCAGCACAGUCGGAGCUGAGGGAGCGGGAUCCGGUAGGCCUCCUGGCACCGACCUCUCGGAGGAUCAUCUUCAAGGGAUCGUCUUUGGAGUUGUACUGUGCAUGGCAAGGAUCUACUUUCUUGCUGCCUCACUGAAAUUGCAUGGGCUAAACGAAUGAAUACUUUUAUGAGGCGCCUUGCACCAGAGAUGGGCCAGGACCAAACCAAGCAGCAGAUAGAGAAGGGCCUGAAGUUGUAUCAGUCCAAUCAGACGGACAAUGCCCUGCAUGUGUGGACAAGGGUGCUGGAGAGGACCUCGGAUCCGGGAGGGAAGUUUCGGGUGUUGGGGUGCCUGAUCACAGCUCACUCCGAGAUGGGAAAAUAUAAAGAUAUGCUCAAGUAUGCCCUCGAUCAAAUCGACACAGCCAGAGAGAUGGAGGAUCCUGACUACUUGACGGAGGGCUACCUGAACUUGGCGCGAAGCAACGAGAAGCUGUGUGACUUCCAGAAAACGGUGUCCUACUGUAAGACCUGCCUAAGCAUGCAGGGCACCACCGUAAGCCUGCAGCUCAACGGACAGGUAUGUCUGAGCAUGGGCAACGCCUUCCUGGGCCUCAGUGUCUUCCAGAAAGCUCUGGAGAGCUACGAGAAGGCCCUGCGCUACGCGCACAACAACGAUGACAAGAUGCUGGAGUGCAGAGUCUGCUGUAGCCUGGGAAACAUCUACGUCCAACUCAAGGACUAUGAGAAAGCCCUCUUCUUCCCCUGCAAAGCAGCUGAGCUUGUCAAUGACUAUGGCAAGGGUUGGAGCCUCAAGUAUCGAGCCAUGAGCCAGUACCACAUGUCGGUAGCCUACAGGAAGCUGGAGCGCCUGCCAGAUGCAAUGGAGUGCUGUGAGGAAUCUAUGAAGAUUGCUCUGCAGCACGGCGACCGUCCGCUGCAGGCUCUGUGCUUACUCAACUUUGCAGACAUACACCGCUGCAGGCGGGACACUGAUAAAGCAUUCCCUCGCUAUGAGUCUGCACUGGGCAUCAUGACUGAGAUUGGAAACCGCCUUGGACAAGCACAUGUCUACCUGGGCGUCGCAAAGUGUUGGCUUCUGCUUAAAGAAUUUGAGAAGGCUCUUGAUUCUUUGCAGCGAGCACAGGAGUUAGCCGAUGGAAUGGGAAACAAGCUGUGCACGCUGAAGGUUCACUGCCUGAGCGAGGGGAUUUAUCGAAGUCGGGGGGAGGAGGAGAAGCUCAGAGAGCAGGUGGUGAAGUUCCUGCAGUGCGUUGAGGAGCUGGAACUCUACUGUGGCAUGUGUGGGGAGUCCAUCGGGGACAGGGACCAAAAGCUACAGUCUUUGCCCUGUUCCCACAUUUUCCAUCUCAAGUGUCUGCAGACAAACGGAACAAAGGGUUGUCCCAAGUGUUUCAAGUCCUCCAUGAAGCCUGGAUUUGUGUGAUUGUGCGACGGUGUUUGUGCGUUGGAUCUGCAGACACGGCGCGACGCCUCACAGGCUCCUGACUGAUCUGAGAGAAGCAGGCAGCCUCGGGAUGCGCUGAAGUGUUUGAGGAGUAAUAACUCACCGCUCUGUGCAGAGGAUGCUGGACCGAACCCAGAGUGUCUCAGAGUGCCGCUCUGACGUCACCGUCAAGGCAUCCAUCUUAUUUGCAGACGUCAGUCUGUGAGCGACUGAAGCCGAGUUAUAUUUCACUGCAAGCUGAAGAAGAAAGAACCUACACUGUAUAAUGUUUUUUGGUGACUGGCCGUUUGUUGCAGAAUAUAGAAGAGGAGCAUCUAAAGAUCUUUUAUUUCUUGGCAUAUUUGCUAUUUUGUUCAUUGGAAUUGUUUAGGGAAAUAAAUUCAGAUGAAAAGAUCUUUGGAAGAAUUCAGUAAAAUCUCGGUAAUCGUAGUCACAGGGUUUGUCGUUCAAAUUCAACCUUAUAUUUUAUUCUGCUUCGUCUUUACCGAACAGUUUUAAGAUAUUUCUUUUUUUAUUCAGAACACAGAGCCAUAAUUGAUUUCAUACUGGGUAUAUUUAUUAUUGUAUUCAUGUACAUACUAUUCUCUUAUGAAUUUGUUUCAAAAGGUUUGAUUUAUUUGAGGUGUUUUGUAAAACCUGAAACUAACUAAAAUAUCUUAACCAUUCAGAAACUAGUAUGUCUUUACCAAACAUAUACAUGCAGCUGAUCUUUUUUCCUUCUUCACAAAGAUUGAGGAGCAAUCUCAACACACAUUGUGUUCAUUGAAAUUCCUUUUCUGGAGAUGUUGAACUCUUAACUCUGACAUCAACAUAAUAAGUGUUUAAUUUAAGGAGAAAUAUUGUUGUGGAAGGAAUGAAACCUAUUGGGAAAGGAUCUUCCUUGACCAAUCACACACUUGUCAAAUGAUCAUUUAGAGGAGAUGCAUACAAUCUGUUUUAAUGUGGUGUUUUCAUAUGUGUAGUCGGAUGUAAAUAUGAAAUAACUGGUAAAAUCUCAGUCACCAAAUUGAUUUUCUUGGCAGGACACUUGUGCUUUCAAGGUGAUAUGAGGGACGAAAGCCAAGAAGCUGAGAUAUCAUGUUAAAUGUGGCAUGUGUAAUUUACACUGCCGAGCAACAAGGUUGGAUUACAUCGAUCCAAUUGUGUAUCCAUGUAACAGUAUUUAUAUAUUUCAUAAGUGUUUGUUAUAGUGUUUAAUAAUAUCUUUAUCAUUGAUAUUCCAUAUAUAUUUGUCCAGUUUAUUUGAAACAUUUUGUGAUUUGGAGAAAAAAAAGCCCAUAUCUUCAGAAAUCGAGUUUAAAGUUUAAAGUUUUUUUUAAUAUACAGCAGGAGUUCAUUGUAUUCAAUUUCUUGUAAGUACUAUUUUAAAUCAUUACAUAUUAAAAUAUAGCACUGCAGGAUCCAAAUUAUGAAAAAAAAUACUACCGUUUGAAACAUUCAUAGUUAAAGAGGUGACAAACUUAUUUCCUCAUCAAGUUGAGGAAUACACAUAAAACUUAAACUUCGAUUGUUAUGUACAUUGUUUUUCUCUCCUCUUUACAUCACGUGAGAAGGUUGACGGCACGAGGGAGACCAACACAUUUACCUUUUUACUGCACAAGCACUUAUGUUUUCUCACUGUCGGAGGGCAGGAGCAGCAGCUGGUUCUCUGUUCGAGGUCACUGCAUCCACAACAACGACUGUCUGUUUACCUGUCGCACAGUCGAUGUAAAGCCCGACUUUGUUUUCUUUAUUGUUCUUGUCGUCUGGAGAAUAGAGAAGACUUCUUUUUUACCAACAGUACAGCCGCUCAUCUUUUAACAGUUUAAACUACCUCUGUUUUUCACUCCUCCUCAGAGGACUAAUGCAGUAACAACACACCGUUUAAUACAUGUGGAAUUGUCAUGUUGUUGUUUUUCUAGACACCAUGUAGAUAUAGAUGAGUUCAACGAUUUAGAGUCUGACAAAUGCAUUGUUAAUAUAUUUAUGCAUUCAGUCAAUUCAUGUUACUGUGUCGAAUGUGGAGACAUUUCAACAUGGAAAAUAAACUAUAAGUGAAUUUA